CCGGCCGCGCCUGCGGGUGCUGCGCCGCCGCCUGGCUCCUCAACCCCCUGCCCAUGGCCGUGUCCAGCCGGGGCAACGCGGAGGCGCUGGUGGCGCUGCUGGUGCUCGCCACGCUGUACUGGGUGGAGGCGGGCGGCGUGGGCAAGGCCGCCGUGUGCUACGGGCUGGCCGUGCACAUGAAGAUCUAUCCCCUGACCUACGCGCUGCCCAUCGCGCUCCGCCUGCGCGCCGGGCCGCGCCGCGCCGGAGGGCGACACCGGGCUGACAAAACGGCAAAGGUCGCGUUUGCGGCGCGCCUCUGGCGCCUUUUUGUAGAGAUGCUGAACCGCGACGUGCUGCUCUUCGGAACAGUUGCCGGAUCAGUGCUGGCUGCCUUGACUGUGGCAUUUUAUCACCUCUAUGGCUGGGAGUUUUUGGAGCAUGCCUACCUCUAUCACCUGACUAGGAGGGAUAUCCGUCAUAACUUCUCUCCCUAUUUCUACAUGUUGUACUUGACAGCAGAGAGCGAAUGGAGUUUUGCCCUUGGGCUCGCGGCUUUCCUGCCCCAGCUCAUUUUGCUGCUGGUUGUGUCCAUAGCGUUCUACAGAGACCUCGCCUUCAGUUGUUUCUUACACACCGCUAUUUUUGUGACUUUUAACAAAAAUACAAAUUCUGAGGCAGCAACAGGAACUGAAGGGUACCUUCCCUUUGCAGGUUGAAAUGCCCAUUAAAAGGCGUCUCAUCUGCAGAAAGUUUUCACAUUGUGCUGAAACCAGCCCUUAAGCGCGAAGUACAAGAGCUGAAAGGGAAAAGAAGAAUCAAGAAAAGUAACAUUUUUGCCUUGGUUUUUACACUGUAGCCUAGUGUCCAAAGACUCAUGGCUGGAUUCUCAUGUGACUUCAGGCAAAGCUCAGCAUUUAACCAUUAUUUGCUUUAAAAUUUAAAAUUAUUUAAAAAGCAGGGUAAGCAAAAUAUGCUAAUAAAUAUUUCCUUCAGUUUUUGUGUGAGGAUGCUGAAUUACCAUCUACGACACAAUGUACUUUGUCCUAAGUAACUUUUUUGUGUGUGUGUUACUUGCAUUGUAUUGACUCCUGUAAUAGUAAAGAAAGCAAUUAGUUGUGCUAAACUGAGCUCAUCAGUUUUCUUUUUCAAAGAAACCGUGAAGCUUUUAUGUUUAACAGCAAGGGGAAACACCAACAUUUUUCCUAAUGUUGUAUAGAGAAAGUAAAUGUUAAAAGAGAGUAAAUUAUGAGCAAAUGGUUUGCUUUUUUUAUCUGAGAAGAAUGAGUCAUCUACUUCAAAAGGGCUGCAGAAAUACACAGUGAACACAGGGAACCUCAAAAUAUAUGAGGUAUUCAUCAUAUAUUUGCCAAAGGCCGCUGUAGAAUGCAUGUCCUAGUGAUAGCAGCUUUAUGGAAUAGAAUUACCGUGAAUUUUGGACAAAGCCUUUACUCAGUCUGAAACCCAACCACUCAAGCAAUUUUCUUGCUUAAGAGCAUAUUUAUGUGCACUACACUCACAAGCCCAAACAUUUACCUGCUCCUACAGAAGCAAAAGAAAAUUCCCCAUCAAUACACCU